CAGAGGAUGAUGUGUCGAAGACUGCAUUUCGGUGUCCAGGGGCACUAGGAACAUAUGAAUGGGUGGUGAUGCCGUUCGGUCUUAAAAAUGCCGGUGCAACUUAUCAGAGGGGCAAUUUCUGGGAUUCAUUGUUCAUAAGAAGGGCAUUGAAAUCGACCAGAACAAGGCGAAAGCAAUCUUCGAUACUCAACCACCGUCGAAUAAAAAACAGUUACAAUCUUUGUUGGGCAAAGUCAAUUUCUUGAGAAGGUUUAUCAUGGAUAUAAGCGGGAAAACCAAGGUAUUCUCCACAUUGCUUCGACUCAAGAAAGAACAAGAGUUUCAAUGGAUGGAAGAACAUCAGAAGGCGUUUGAGGAAAUAAAAGCCAGCUUAACAACGGCACCAGUCAUGGCUCCUCUCAUUCGUGGGAAACCAAUGAAACUCUACAUUUCGGCAUCAGAGGAAACUAUUGGCAGUGUGUUGGCUCAAGAUGAUGAAGAUGGAAUCGAAAGGGCUAUAUAUUAUUUGAGCCGAAUCCUUAAUGAUGCCGAAACUAGAUAUAGUUUAGUAGAAAAAUUGUGUUUAUGUUUGUAUUUUUCAUGUACUAAACUUAAGUACUAUAUUAAACCUAUUGAUGUAACUGUUAUUUCCCAUUAUGAUAUAAUAAAGCAUAUGCUGUUCAAGCCCAUUCUUCAUAGUCGAAUUGGAAAGUGGGCGUUGGCCCUUACUGAGUUUUCUUUAAGUUAUCAACAUUUAAGGGCUAUGAAAGGCCAAGUAAUAGCUGAUUUUUUGGUUGAUCAUAGUGGGUCGAAAGAACAGGAGACGGUGGUGACGUUGAAACCUUGGGAAAUGUAUUUCGAUGGUUCGAGGCAUAAGAAGGGGACCGGGAUAGGUAUCUUGAUAAUUUCACCCCAAGGAAUCCCGACAAAAAUUAAGUUGGGCAUCGAAGGUGAGUGUUCGAAUAAUGAGGCGGAGUAUGAAGCUUUAUUGAUAGGGCUCGAAACGGCUCUAAACUUGGGGGCUAGAGAGCUCUUAAUUCGUGGAGAUUCAGAGUUGGUUAUUAAGCAACUAACUGGUGAAUACCAAUGUGUUAGUGAGAAUUUAAUGAAAUAUCAUUCGAAAGCAGUUAAAAUGUUAAGAAGUUUUGAUGAAGUCGAAUUAUGUCAUAUCCCUAGGAUCGAGAAUGCUGAAGCGAAUGUUUUGGCACAAAUUGCGUUAGGGUACCGGCUACCUCGGAAAAAGUUUAAAGAGCUAGUAAAGGUCAAAAGAAAGUUUAUUCCUAGUUUUAAGGAAAGGAAAGUGGAGUUCGAGCAGGAGGUAUUGGUCAUUAGUAAUUUGGAUGAUAGUGAUUGGAGGAAACCUGUUGUGAAAUACUUGCAAAACCCACAUGCACCAACAGAUCGAAGAACAAAGUAUCGAGCUCUAAGUUACUUGAUUUUGGAUGACGAAUUGUUUAAAAAAUGGGUGAAUGAAGUUUUACUAAAGUGCCUAAGUGAAGAAGAAGCGUUUCGAGCAGUCAAGGCCGUUCAUGAUGGUAUGUGUGGGGCGCAUCAGGCUGGCCAUAAGAUGAAGUGGACAUUGUUUCGACAAGGAGUAUAUUGGCCAAAUAUGUUAAAAGAUUGCAUUGAAUAUGCCAAAUCUUGCGCCGAAUGUCAGAAGCAUGCUGGCAUCCAACAUGUACCGGCAAGUGAGUUACAUUCGAUCGUGAAACCCUGGCCAUUUAGGGGGUGGGCGUUGGAUUUGAUAGGUCAAAUACAUCCUUCUUCGUCUAAACAACAUGACUAUAUAAUAGUGGCUAUCGAUUAUUUCACUAAAUGGGUCGAGGCCAUUCCGCUGAGAGGUGUCGACCAAGAUACGGUUAUUAGUUUUAUUCAAGAACACAUAGUAUUUAGAUAUGGGAUCCCUGAGACGUUAACUACUGACCAAGGGUCAGUAUUUACUGGAAGGAAAAUGGCUCAGUUUGCUGAGGAUUUUGGAAUAAAACUGUUAACUUCAACGCCAUAUUAUGCUCAGGCGAAUGGACAAGUCGAAGCAGCUAAUAAAGUUUUAAUUAACUUGGUUAAGAAACACAUUAGUCAAAAGCCGAGAAGGUGGCAUGAAACUUUGAGUCAAGUUUUAUGGGCUUAUCGAAAUUCGCCCAAAGAGGCCACUGGAGUAACUCCUUUUCGACUUACGUACGGGCAUGAGUCAGUUUUACCGAUCGAAAUAUGCUUACAGUCCGUUAGAAUUCAAAGGCAAUUCGAGAUUCCGUGUGAUGAUUAUUGGAAUAUGAUGUAUGACGAGUUAAUUGAAUUGGACGAGGAAAGAUUAAAUGCUUUAGAGGUUAUGAUUCGACAAAAAGAACGAAUUACUAAAAGUUAUAAUAAAAAAGUCAAGUCUAAGGCAUUUAGCGUUGGAGACUUAGUUUGGAAAGUGAUCCUUCCAAUGGACAAAAAAGAUCGAGCAUACGGAAAAUGGGCCCCUAAAUGGGAAGGGCCAUUUAAAGUGAUCAAGUGUUAUUCAAACAACGCGUAUUCGAUUGAGGAAAUUGGAACGAUUGCUCGAAUAUUGACAAUAAAUGGAAAAUACUUAAAAAGGUUUAAGCCAGCGAUUCAUGAGAUAAAAAUCGAUAUAGAAAUGUAGUGCAUAAGCUGAAAAUAAAUAUGGCGAAAACGCCAUUAGAGAGUACCUAGGGAAAUAAAGUGGCACAGGCGCCAUGUAAAAAAAAAAAAAAAAAAAAAAUGAUCAACAGAAAUAAGAAGACUAAAAUGGUGGAGUGGCUUUCAUGGGAGCAUAUCGACCCUUGAGUUUCUUAAGUCGCUUGUCAACCUUCGCCUUCUUGUUUUGAAGCUCAGAAAUUUCGCCUUCAAGCCGAUUCUUGUCUUUCACGUGAGAAAUGGCCUUGGCAGCAACUUCGGUUUUUUGUUUCUUGAACUUGGCCAGAUUGGCUUUGAGGGAUUUUUCCUGUUGUUGAAGUUCGGCAAUCUGUUUCAAAAUUUCAUUCAGUUGCAUUGAGUCAGCUUCUUCGAGUAAUUUGAUGGAAUCCACUUCGGUUUUAGCUUGGUCGAAUGAUUCAGCUGCUUGUGUGCACUCAGUGAAUUUGGAGGCUAAGUCUUGACCGACAAGUUUGGCUUGGUCAAGGGUCGAAAGUGAUUCGUCAAGAAACUCUUGAACUUCUUGAAUGCCCUUUUCUUGUUGAUCAGUAAGGUCCUCAUUGCCAAGGUCAGCGAUAAGUUGCUUAAUUUCUCGGCCUAAGUUAGGAUUCGAGUUGAGGGCAGAGAAUAAAUCUUGCUCGAACGUAAGAGAUCGCAGCUUGUUGAUCAUGGUGGUGGCAGUGUUCAGAGUGCUUGUGCCUUCGUUUUGCAUAGAUGAUUCUUGGCUUCGACUGGUGCUAAGAGAGACUUGACCGCUGAUGAGUUGCUCAAGGGCUAAUACUGGGUCAUCCAUGGCAAGAGCGUCAAAGUCUUCGAUAGGAAUGGACUGAGGAGACUUCCUGCCAGCAACAGGGCUCGAAACCUUAAGGGCUUUUUCUUGGCUCUUCGAAACUUUGGCAAUGGGUGAAGGGAUAGGCUGACGGUCUUCGUCAGUAUCUGACUUUUCGGCCGAAGCACCAAGGUCCUGCGUAAAGGACUCAUUGUCAGAUGAAACAUAACUAACUAUUCGACCAGAAGGAUAUUGAAUUCGUAAUGGUUGAAAGUUUAAAAAGUCAUCAAGACUUUGGCAGUCAGAAGAACUGGAAUCAGAAGAGUUCGAAGACAAAUGGAUUACUUGAGGAGGGGGCUUUGGUUUCGAGGAAUUGUCCUGAAGAAGAAUGCAAAAGGUAAGUACAAGGAUUAAGGGAUAACGAAGAAAGGAGUGUUGAACGAAAAAUACUUACUUGUUCUUGCUGAGUUUUGGUCGGAGAAGAAGCUCCCGAACUUUCGCUUUGAGAGGAGCCAGAAUCUUCUUGGUCAGUUUCUGCUUGUUGCUCCUCUUGAUUCGGCUCAGCCCCGGCACGUUUCUUUGCAGAAGAGAUCGGUGGAUUCUCUUCGUUAAUGUCCGAGGCUUUAGAGUUAGCAUUGUCUUGUGCAGCUUCAUCUGGAUCGACAGUCUUGGAAGAAAUGUUCUCGUCUUCAGGAAUUGGGUCUACCUACAAAAUAUAAGGGAAGAAGAUGAGUAAAAAAAAAAAAUAUAUAGGAAAAUGAAAUGAGAAGGAUAGAAGAUAAGAUUACCAAAUUUCUUUCUGAGUCGUCCUUUUCGGAUGAAAUUCUUAUUUUCUUUCGAGCAUCCGAAGUCGAGCUUUGAGAACUUCUCUUUCGAGCCUGGAAAAUAUAUAAGAUAUGGAUUUAGAGUCGAAUAAAGGGUAAAACAACGCAUUAACGAAUAUACCUUAGGGACGUUCUUUUGUUGAACUGGAAUGCCUGUUGAAUUGUCGGAACCUUCGUCUUCCUUGCAUGGAACCUUGGGUAUUGGUUCGGCUGAAGGAAAAGGGGUAUAAGUACGAGAGUAAAGGAAAAAGAACAAAAGUAAGACGAGUCUAUCUAACCUUGGUGAAUUUGUGUAAGGACUUGGACGUGACAUGAGUUAACAUGAAUGUGUCCGGGGUAGGUGUGCAAGAAAUAUUUAGUCGAAGUAACCCUUUUCGGAAGUGGUAAAAGACUUUGUAUAAAACAUUUGUAUGUAAAAUGGUCGAGCCACUUUGGGUAAAUAACAGGUAAAGCCAAAGCCAUGUCACUGGUAGGAAAAGCUGGAAAUUUUGGACAAUAAUGUCGAAGAGUAUAAACAUAUUUAUCCACAAAAGGGGGAAAAAGUUUAAUUUUUAAAACUUUGGCUUUGACCUCUUCUUUUAAAACUUCCGCCGCUUCCGAAAGGGUUAAAUUCAAUCGACCUGGAAGAUAAAUAGUUUUGAAGAAUCUCUGAAAUGACUGGAUUUCUUUGAUGAGCAUACCUCGAGUUUUCUUUGUAGCCUUUUUCUGCACAGAUUGAAGAGCUUCAGUCAUCUUUCCAAUACAAACUCCUAAGGUGGUCUGAAUAGACUUGUAGUAGGUCGACCACCAAACUUCAAAUUCUUUAGUGCAAUAAAAGGAUGGUUCGAAAGACAGAGGUUCAAGACGAAGAGCAGACGUCUUCUUGUCAUAAUAGUUGAGGGCUUCAUAAAAAGAGUCGACAUCUUUGUCGCAAAACCCUUCAUUGCAAAUGGCAUCCUUUUUUGAGAAAAGAGGGAUAGGAACGAUUUGACAUAGGCCGAAUUGUCUAGCCACAAGUUGAGGCUGGUAACCCAACACGUUCACCUCAGAUUUUUUGAAACCAAGGGGAAGAACUUGAGGUCGGAAAAAUUCCCUCCAGAUGCUAAUACUUUCAAGCUGUUCGCCCGGAGAUUCGCAUGGGAAAGGUCGGACAAGCCAUUUGGGACCAGUAGUUGGAGCAGCAAAUGGAGCAAGGUCGGGAGUAAAAGAGGUCAUUUCCAUAAAAGCAGUAAAAAACUCACGGAAAGUGGUUUCUGGAUCGACUUUAUCUUUGGAAGGAGUCAAGCAAUUAAGUCGAAAAGCAGCAAUAGAAGUCGAGACAUUUUGUGGACUUGGAGUUGAGAGUUUGGUCUCAAAUAUGGCAUUUAGCCAAAGUUGAAGAAACCAUAGAGGUCCAGCAAAAAGGAUGUUUUUCUCGGCUCCAGAGGGCUUCUGAAGAGAAGUGAUGGCUUGACUCAAAGAAAGGUAAAGUUCGCCUAAUAAAACUUUACCUAAACAGACGUCGGUACCUUCGUGCAAAAGCUGAGCAAGAAGCACAAAUUUCUGAGGAACUUGAAGAGACUUGGAACAAAGGAAGAAAGCAGAGAGCCAGAACAACAAGAAAGCUACAUGUUCCGAGUCGGAAACAUUUGCAGAGGUCUUGUCGUGGUUUCUCAGAAUGAAGCUUUUGUAAGUUAGAUGGUUAUAGUCUAAUUUGAUUUCUUUCUUAACAGGCCGGUCGAAUGUAAAAGAAGAACCUGUAGGUCGAAGACCGGCAAUAGCAGCUACAUCUAAGAGAGUAGGGGUAAUCAUUCCCUGAGGAGUAUGAAAGGUAUUGGUCGAACGCUCCCAAAAGAAGAAAGAACUGGCUAACAUUGCUGGAUGGUAGACAAUUUUCGACCUGGAUAAUUGGAUUAUGUCAAAAAUCCCUAAAGUUUUCCAGAAAUCUCCUUUCACUUUCUCGACUUUGUUUAACCAUUCAAUGUAGGGAUUCGUCUUCACUGGAGGUGAAGAACGGAAAGCUCGAGGGGGGUCACCUAAAAAGGACAGAUUGUAGGAAUCCCUAAAGGCCAAGAUUUUCUCAUCCGGUAAAGGUGAAGGAAAGAAUGCAGAUGCAUUUCUUGGGAAAAUAGUUUGGUAAGGUCCUAGAUAUGCAUGCAACUUAUCACCAAUGGAGAAGGGAAUAAGUACCUGGGAAUUCCAGAUCUUAAUCUUUUCUUCUUCAUUGGGAGGUUCUGGAACAAAGGUCCUCCCUUCAACUUCAAUAGGUUUUAAAAGAGAAACCGCAGACGGAACCUGAGAAGAGGAUGUGGAAGUCAUGGUGGUGGCCGGCGAACUGGAAGAUGAUGAUGAUGCAAUGAUGGUGAUGGUGAAAGCCCGUGUAAACCGAAAUGGUUCCGGUAGAGCUUUGGAAUAUCAAAGAGUUGCAGGGUUUGGAAAUGGGUUUUUUUUUCAGAGAGAAAAGCUAGAGGUUGAAGAAGAAGUGAAGUGGAAAAGUUUUUUCCAUCUAUUUAUAAGUCUGGAGCUACAACAAGAUGGACGGUUGAGAUUGAAGCGGAUGCCAAACUUUUGUUUAAUAGAAUUUAUUUGUGAUCCGUUUGAAUUCUGAAUGGGGUAUGGCAGUUUUCCUUGGAGAACGUGUCUGACAUGAUUAGACAUUUAUGAUAGUGGAGUGUGGAAGUUACUAAAGGUUAAAAGAGACUUUUACUUGUCAGAAAUGAAAAAGGGGAAAACUGACAUAUAGUAUGUGGUCGAAAUUAGGUAAGUCGAAAAUAUCAUUUUUCUGAUCGAACAAAUGAUAUUUUGGGGGGCAUCUGUUAAUUGCAUAUAAUUUCGACCUAUUGUUGGACAUUUCGAUUGGAAUUUAUACUGGGUUCAACCUUCGAAGUCGAAAGUGAAGGGAAUCAAGGAAAUUUAUCAAGUGUUCAAUGACUUCGACUGUAAAGUACUGUUUUUCGAGAUACGGAGAGUUCCAUAUGAGAAGCCGGUUUGUCUUUGAAAGAUGAUUCACGAGGGACACGUAUAGAAUAGAAAGACACGUGUAGGACGAAGCUAUGUUCAGAAGACACUUGUAAUAGUUGUAUUAAUUGACCGUUAGAAGUCAGUUACAUUUUAAGUCUAUAAAUAGCAGGUUUGUAGAAAGAAUAGAGGUUCACAAUCUUUACUCGAAAACUCUCAAGUGCUUACAAUCGAUCACAAUGAUUACAAGCCAAGUUAGAGUGAAAAAGUAGGGAUUCGUGUAACACUUUGCAUCUUAUAGUUCAUUAUUACUAUUCAGAUUCAGAAAGUUCAUUUAUGUUUUUAUCAUUUAAGUCGAAUUUAUUCGUUUUGUUUCUAAUUUGUUAUUAAAUUUCUUUAGUUUUGAGUGACUAAAUUUAAUUCAUUUUCACCAAAGAACCCAAGAGGACUCGAAUCCAGUCCCAGAUUGAUCUUUGGAUUCUUUAUUUGUGUUUACCAAAAUUUGGUGUAAACACCAACCCUGCAAAAUCCAAAGCUGAGGGUGUCGAGAAGCCUCCCAAGGCCGCAUCCUCGGCUAAAAAGACCUCGACAUCUGAGGGAAGGAGGAAGGUUAGGAGCAAAUCUAGUCACAAAUCUCCCCACCGUUCCAAGAGCUCUACCAACUCAAGCCCUUCUAAGGAGUCCACUUUCCAGGAAACUCAAGGGGCAACCUCUCCCAUUCGUGAAGCAGAGGUUCUUCCAGGCAAGGACGACAACCCCAUGCCUCCUCCAAAGUCGACUGCCCCUGUGCAACCUUCGCCUCAAGCCAAGGGUGGCUCUUCAUCUCAUGUAUCUAGUGAAAAGCUUGAUACUUUAUUUGAGGAGGACCCGCUGGCAGCUUUGGAUGGUUUUCUCGAUGGCACCUUGGAAUGAGAUUCUCCACCCCAUCAAGCUGAUGCCACUGCUGAGACUGCUCAAUCUAGUGGGGUGGCCAACCUUCAACAAAUCGAGGAGAGCAUGGGUCGGCUGAAGGCUACCGUUUUCGACAGCGGAUUUCUCGACCGGAUUCAAGUUGACCCUCAAGCGAGUCAUGCUGCUAAGGAAUUGCUUGUCUUCCUGCUUGGCCAAAAGCUUGAUUCUCAUCAGGCUGCUGCUAUGGCCAACCUUCAAUCUUUCUUGGUGGAUGCUUUAGCCACUUUUCAUCAAGUCAAGGACGUUGGCCAAGCUGUUAGCCUUAAGGAAGCAAAAGUCUCUUCUGGUAAAGCUCAGGUUGCAGCGAUGAAAGAAGAUUUCAAGAAAUUUACUGCUAUGAAGGUUUUAAUUACAGAUGAAAUUUCUGAUGUCGACACUAAACUUGAGGAGCUGCAUCAAGAGAUUACCAAGUUGGAGAAGAAGCGAGCUGAUUUGGUCGAGGAAGGCCCUGCUGUGAAGGCUCAGUUGGAUGCGCUUACUAAGGAAUCCAAAGCUCUGAUCAUCUCGACAAAAGAUGUUAUCAAGGAGUUGGAGGUUGACCAGGCUGUGAAGAAAGAUCUCGAUGCUAAGAUUGCUACCUUUGCUGAUCGCCUGAAUUCUUUUAAAUUUCUGCUUUAAGACUUUCUCUUAUCAGCGUGUAAUGAUGGCACUAUUCUAACCAUGGCCUUCGACGCCAAUUUGCAUGUAAUUGUCGACAAUGUUUCUGGCAUGUAGGCCAUAUAAUUUGACAUUUAAUUUGCCAAGUCUUUUCAGUUUCCA